AGCUUCUUUUGUGUCAAUUCCGGAACUUUAUCCUUUCUUUCUCAGGCUUGAUUGACAAACUAACGAUAACAUUCGAUCUCUUUUGGUUAUCUUGGGUUAUGUUACAAACUCAUCGAAGGGACACGAAGAACUUCUGAAACGAUUACUGUCACGACAGUCCUGGUGGUGUUGGACAUGCCAAGUAAUUUCCAACCGAAACGGACGGCUAAAAAGCUUUAAUGUUCAAAUACCUCCAACUGUUUUAAGAAGACAUGGACAUGGUAGGUAACGCGCUGGAGUCCUGACAUGAUUUUUUCAGGUUCGUUGUACAUGUGUAGUUCAACUCAAAACAGGGACAUAGCGGUCGAGGAUGGUUCAAGUACGAAGGAAAACAUAUAGAUCCACGAAAUUGUGAUUCGAUCGAAUGUUUAUUUUCAAAUUGCGCCUAAACUACAGAGUUCACGAUAUGUUCAAUGUGGUUGCUUCAGAGUUGGAGUGGAAGUGAGGAGAAGACGGUGUGUUUGUGCAUUGUGCAAGGUACUUCUCUCCCAUGCAUUGGUUAUGAAAAUAGUGAACUAUUCUUUAUAGCAGAAAAUACCUUUCCAUGAACUCCAAGUGAACAUUGUGCAAAGACAGAGACCUUUGAAAUCACUCUACCUUGGUGAUUUGCAAAGCAAGCUUUGGGAAAUUGUUUCUGCCAUCUUUCAAGAUAUCGUGGAGACACUUUAAGGUAAGCCUAUUUUAGUUCGAGGACAAUACCAUCGUAUAGAAUGACAGGAUAGGAUUAAUGGCAUUGCAGAAAUCACAUGAACAUGCUGUGGGUAGGCUAACAUGACCUACUGUGUCGCUCGGCAAUCUCUCAAAAAAGGUCAGGCAAAUCAUUCAUAGAACGAUCUCGCAAAUGGACGAAAGCAUUAUUACGUGGUGUAUAGGUAUUAAUGGAUUUCUGAGUAGCAUUUGUGGUAGAUAAAUAUUGAUACGAGCGAUUGGCAUUGGAAUGGUAUACUAGUGGAUUAUAUGUUGACGAAGAAGACUGUGUGUAACACGGUUUCCAAUGACAGACGAAGGAAGAAGCUACAAUGCGCGAUUAUGAUUGGUUGACUGAUUUGUGAUAUUUCAAUUUGAUUGGUUCUCGUGACCAGGGAUCUCGGAAUGCACUGUUUGACAUUGAAUCAAUAUUGUGGCUUGUGUCAAAUCAACUUGGAGUAAUAUACUAUAAACAUGUGAGUUCUCCCAGCUAAGGAUAACGGAAGUUCCAGUUGAUUCAUAAUUCGGACAUUUCCUGUAACUACGUCAUGAUUUCAUUGUCCAUUUUUCUUAGUAUGGUGUAAAAAGAAAGACACUAACAUGGCUAAAACUAAAGGUAAGAGGGUCAAGAUAAAGACUGGCUACAUAAACAUCGAGGAGUGUGCACCGACUCUUGAUAAAGAGAAUUAUGUGGAGUUUCUGCGUGAGUUGUACGAGAAGCCACCUGAUCCAAACGUGGCAGAGAAGGGACCGAUAGCUCCUGGUGAUGAGUAUUCGGCUUUCUUGGACGAAGUGAAGGAAAACGCAAAACAAGCUAGGCCCAGUACAAAUAGUAAGGGCCCUCCGGCAAAACGACCCGAGUGGAAAGGAUCAGGGAUUAAUAUCACUAAGCGUGAAAACAAAACGGAAGCUAAAGACCCUUCUUCGGUUGACUACCUGCAGUUUAAACUACAAAAGGAGUCGGCGAAGUUCAGUGAGGUGUCAGAUAGUAAACUGGACUGGACGAAACCCAAGCAGGACUUCACCAUGUCGGGACAGUUAUUCAAAGCUGUGUUGGAUGGACGGUUUUUUCAGGUUAAGACGCUUCUGAAAUGUGGUGUGAAGAUUUCUUCGAAGAAUCAGGACGGUUAUGGCGUUCUUGUCGCCGCGUUGCAUAUCGAGGACGCUGAACACCGUGAGAGUAUGUUUAAGUAUCUUCUGAAAAGGAACGCGGACCCGAUGGCUAUGGACGAUGAUACUGGCCGCAGCGUCCUUGCUUGGGCUUGUUGCUUGAAUCGAAUCGAACAGGUGGCAAAGAUCCUACAGAUGUGUCAAGGAGAUAUCGACUUCAGCCAGAAAGACAAAUCAGGAAAAACGGUGCUGCAUCAUGCUGUGAUAUCGGGGAAUACCUCUGUUGUUAAAAUGUUAGUGGCCACGAUGAAAAAGUAUGGAUUGUCAGUGGAUAUUCCGGACAGGCUCGGACUCACACCCUUCUUAUAUUCGAAAAAGCUAGGAUAUGCUGAACUUGCUGAUAUUCUUCGAAAAGAAGGUCGUGCUUCUAAUAAACAGUUUGAUAGUACGCUGUAUAGGAGUGGGACUGUCUGGUACGAGGACGGACAGAAACAGAGACAAAAGGAGCAGGCUCAUCUGAAACGAGUGGAGAAGGAGUGGUAUAGAAUGAACGGUAAAAUGCCUGUUUUUGAACGUACGGAAGCGAAGGGGCUUGUGGCUGUAAAGCUUGGCGGGAUGACCCGCUCUCAGGAGUCUGUGGCCUUGCGGCCUUCGCGGGUCAGCGACGCGACAGACACCGGUAGUAGCAAAGACAUUUCGGUGCGCUCGGCGCCGUCUAGCACUGUGCAACCUAAGGGAGCAGUGAUAAGGGGUCAAAGGGCAGAGUCAAACCUUCAAGUAAAGGUAUCCUAUUCUCGAAACUCUCUGAAUGCAAAUAAUAAUGUUGAUGCUGCCACUCCUCGGUCGAAUUUAGAGGGCACUAGCUCGGUCUCGAAUAGCAUGAACAGUUUGUACAGGCCCCCACCACCCCAGGAUUCUGCAGGCUACGACGACCCUGCAUUUGCUCUUCUCGCGCAGGUUGAUGAAGGCAUGAGGGUGGGCAAUUUUGUUGCCAGUGUUGCCACGCCAGCGCAUAACCCAGCUCCUGUGAAUGGUUCAGGGCAUACUCACCAUAUGAAGCACCCAACACCCCACACGCAUGCUGCAACUGACCGUGGUAUGCACUCUAUGUUCACGGUCCUUUCAGAACAGAAAUCUAGAGCUUUCAGGUCCAGUGUUGUCAAACAACCGCGGUUGAAGACCCCGGAACCGGAACCAGUGAAAUCGAAAAAGAAGCGCAAAACGGGUGUCUCUUCUUUAGCUAUCAUCAUGGGGAAGGAUAGCGGGACUAGGACGCCCAAACCACGGAAAAGGAGCGCAAGGGGCAAGAGCCCGGCGGCGAAAACCUCCCCGGCAAAUGGGCCGUCUAGGAAAAUUUCCAAGGCGGCAAGGGCGUCCCCUGGUGGCAAGGACAAACAGGGUAAAGCAGAGGAAUCUGUUCAGCGGCGUGUUCAGGUGGUGCAGGCGAAACAUGUCAGACAUUCUAAGAUGGAAAAUGAGUUAGAGGUGCCUGCAAUAGUCGUCUGAGGCGGGUUGAUUGAGUUUCCAUGAAUUGAUGCCUUGCCAUUUUAGCUCGACGAAAGUCAUCGGUUGGGGUGAAAAUCAUUUCCAACUAAGUGUUGGCGUUUCCUUUGACAUAGAUUGCUACCCCAAUAGGCACUUUGGCAUCCGUCAGAAAACUCGCCAUACUCAUUGGAAAGUUGAACUGUCCAAAUCGAUAUUUGUCACCGCAGUCUUCAAUCUGUACCACGUUUUAUCGAUUAAUUUCCUUCUUCAUUGGCAAUGGCUGUAUUUUCAUUUGCAAUAUUUUCAAUACUUGGAGCAACAUUUAUGACUAACUAUAGUGCAGAGUUUUAGAAAAACACUCCUCAAAAUAACGAAGUGGACGAAUUCGAUCGAUAGACCAAUGAUUGGCGUACUUUCGCUCCGCAGCAAAUGCUAGAGAUUGAAAGACUAAAUCUUGGUGUAACAGAGAUGGAGCACUGAAAAGUUGAAAAUUGGGCGUACGUUCUAAAUGAACGGCCCCUGCAUGCAUUCACUAUUCAUGGUCAUCAUUGGCUGGUGAUUGCAUCCUUAGUUUGCCAAUUACUGAAAUGUAUUCAUCAAUCAAUCAACGUCUACGACAAUUUGUCCUGCAAUGAGAGUAGUAAAUAAAUGAUAUUGAUUAAUAAGUAAA